AAUACUCAAAACAAGUCAUAAACAGGUGAUAUUUUGGACCAGUUUUCCUGCGAUUCAUGGCCAAAAUAGCAUAAGAUGAGGCGUAAAAACGCUUUAUGAGUGAUUAACAUUCUAAGGGAGUCRCUAUUUACCAGAAAUGGCUCAAAGAUUUUUGCGCAAGCAACGUUUUCUAAACCCGCGAGUUUGGAGUCUGUUCCACGUGGAGUCGAAUAAUUUACAUUUUAGACACUAUUUUACUAAACAGAGAGGUAUUUUGUUCUCUGGUUGUGUGAAAAAUGGACACCCGGCAUCAAAGACAAUGCCUACGAUGUGCAGAAAUUGUACAACUAAUAUUAUGGGUUUUCAGACGGAGUUUUUCCCCAGACGAUUAUUCUACUCCAGCACAAACGACCAGAGGAAGAUUUUAUCAAGCAGCGCAGCUCUAAAUCUUCCUUCUGUAAAACAAAUUGAACAGUUUUUGUCGUCAAAGGGAAUUCGUUUUGAGCAUGGACAUACGUCGAUAGUCGUGGCGUGCUUGUCUUGUUCGAAGAAGAGCGAGUCUGCGGGGAAGAAAGCUGAUUUAUGCAUGUAUAUUAAUAAGACUACUGGAAGUCAUUUUUGUAAAAAUUGUGGGAGGUCUGGAUCGUGGAGACAAUUUAAGGCGAUGAUGUCUGAACCAGCCACUAGUGAUGGGAAUGCUGUGCCAUCAACACAGCAUGUGUCCUCAUAUACUGCACCCCUUGUCAACAGUGCUGACACCAAUGCUAAAGCAUUACAGCUGUGGAGAGACCGCAAACCACUUGUUGGAGCGGAUGACCAAGUGAAAAGGAACAUUUUAGAAAAGUUUUCUAUUAAGAAUAUUUCUGAAGAAUUGCUUGAGAAAUACCAAGUGCAUAUUGCCCAACACAAGUUUUCUGAGCCUGAUGGGACAUCAAAGGAACACAGUUGUAUUGUAUUUCCUUGGUAUGACUCUAACAAGUCUGUUGUUCAUGGAGUAAAAGUUGUCAGGCUGGACCAGGAGGAGGAUAGCACAGGGGUGGCAAUGCAACCAAGGUUGGGUGUUCUAGGGUUAUUUGGUUGGAAUACAGUCCCUUUAGAUGCCAAAGAGGUGGUGUUGACCCUGAAUGAAUUUGAUGCCAUAGCUGUAAAUCAAGCCACAUCAUACCCUGCUAUUUCACUGCCUCUAGGAACUCACUCACUCCCUCCAGAGGUUCUUCCUCAGUUGGAACAGUUUCAGCGUAUUAUCCUUUGGUUUGGUGAUGAUGUGCGGUCCAGGCAAGCAGCCAACCAUUUCUCCAAGAAGCUAAGCAUUCAGCGCUGCCACAUCGUAAGGCCAACAUGUGAAAGCCCACCGACAGGAGCUCUGGAUGCUUUGAAUAAGGGUCUUGAUUUGAAGGAGCUCUUAAUGAAUUCAAAGCCAAUAAACCAUGAGAAGAUUGCCACCUUUCAAGAGCUGAGGAAUGAAGUUUACAGUGAGUUUGUGAAUGCGGAUCAAGUAGCUGGAGUCAAGUGGAGUCGCUUCCCGAAGUUAAAUGCUCUUCUGAAAGGACAUCGUCGAGGUGAACUGACAAUAUUCACAGGACCAACUGGUGCCGGCAAGACAACACUGCUCAGUGAGAUGUCUGUAGAUUUAUGCCAACAAGGAGUGAAUACUCUCUGGGGAAGCUUUGAGAUACGAAAUGUACGUUUAGCCAAAAUAAUGAUGAACCAGUAUUCAGGACUGGAUCUCCAGAAGAACGUCCAGCAGUUCAAUUACUGGGCUGAUAAGUUUGAGAUGUUACCGAUGUACUUCAUGUGUUUUUAUGGGUCACAGAACAUCAGCACUGUUAUUGAGACAAUGGCACAUGCCGUGUAUGUGUUUGAUAUCGACCACAUCAUCAUCGACAAUCUUCAGUUCAUGACUUCAAAUUUAAGGGCCGAAGAUCGUUUUUCUGUUCAAAAUCAUGCAAUAUCUUCAUUGAGGAGUUUUGCCAGUUCAAAGAAUGUCCAUGUCACGCUUGUCAUUCACCCAAGAAAGGAAAAUGAUGACGUAGAGCUUCAAACUGCUUCCAUAUUUGGUACGGCAAAAGCGAGCCAAGAGGCCGAUAACGUGCUCAUCUUACAAGACAAAAAAGGAAAAGGAGAGAAAUAUCUACAGGUGACGAAGAAUCGCUUCGAUGGCACCGUUGGUAGAAUUCCACUUGAAUUCGUAAAAUCUUCUCUUUCAAUGUGCGGCUUCGGUAAAAAGGACACAAGUUUCAAGAAAGCGAACAAUACGAUUAAAAAAGGCGAAUCUCAACCGAAAUCCUCGAAUAUUAUAUCUGAUAUCGAUAUGAUAAACAUUUCUAACACUCCAGCCAUCGAGAAAGCUGCUUUUAAGACACAGAGAGUGAAGAUAUACUCCCCCGGAACAAUGAACUUGGAGAGUAGAAUUCCAGGGGGAAGCAGUAGCGACACUAAUGUCAUCGCAGAGGGGGGACGGACGUUAGAUGAUAAUUUUACUAAUCCCUCCCCCGGACUUAUGGAUUCAGAUUUAGUGCGUCCGGGGGGGUUCGGAGAUGGAGUGCGGGCAUUUCAAGGGAGUCUGAAAGACUCUAUUAAGUCCAAAUCAUUCRAGGAACUGGGAAAAGUCUUUCCCCAACCACGUGUCAAUAAUCCCGUGUCCUCCCCUGGUAAAGUUGGAACUGUGGGACAAAAAAGUACUGACCGAGGGUCCCCAUUGUCAAGAAUGAAAAUUACAGGAAGAUUGGCCGCAACGAAACUUGGUUCGUUGAGUUCGAAGAUUAAAAACAAGAAUGGAACUGAGGACAGAAAAGUUGCUUCUUUGGGACACAUGAAAGCUUCUUCUAAGUUUUUAAACAAGAAGUGAAAAAUCUCCACGAAAAGUCCUCUUUACCUUGGGCGAAAUGUUUUCCCCAUUUCAGACCACGUGUCAUUCCCUAGAGUAUCAUUUCUUUGUUGAACGGUUGCGCAUGAGAAGACACAUGAAUGUGGAUGCGACUCAAACAAAGAAUCUUAUUCUCAAGAGAAUGACACGUGGUCUGAAAUGAGAAAACAUAACGCCCAAGGUAAAGAAGUGUAGCCUUCGUUCUCAUUCAAUGUACACCGCUUGUGUUUAUGGCCAGACUCAUUAUGUAUACAGUCAGCCUCAUUUAUAAGUCAGCCUAUUCAUAAAUAUCAUUUACAACAUGUGGGAUACGACGUUUGCAUGAUCAUUUUACUACCGCUGACCAAAAUGUUUCGCGAAUUUUCUUUCUUGUUCAAAUAUGUAUUCCCUCAUGAGAAUAGAAAGAAGAUUUGUGCAAAAGAAAGUGUACAAGGGAUUCUGAAAGUGUAGUUACAUGACGCCAUAAUGCAAAUGUCCUAUUGUUGCGCAUUCUUUAUAUUAUAGUUGACUUUUGUAAAUGAUUUGCUCUUAAACGAGGGUAAAACUUUGCAAAUGAGCCUGUAGUCAAUGAUCACAGCGGUGUUUACCGAGUGAGUGUAAUAUAAAUUUAUACUAAUGGAAUGAGAUAUCAAAAUUAAAAUUUUAGAUCUUUA